AUGGCAGGUACUCUCAUUCAUUCAGCAGUACCAUCCCUUUUUACUCAUACUGAAUCUGCAUCAAAUAUUUUCGCUGAUACUUCAAUAGAGAAUCCUCAUACUGACAAUAAAUACAAUAAUCAUAUUACACGGUUACAUAAUGUAUUCACAGGACAUUCAUUAAUAUCAAACAAUUUAAAUUCAAACAAAGAUCAAUCUAAUUCAUCAUUCAUAGUUGAUGAUUAUACAACACGUUUUAGUAGAACCAAAGAAAUGUUUAAAGCAUUAGAAACGAAAUCAAUAAGUACUAAUCCACCAUUAUUUACAACAAAACCAAUGAUGCAUAACCAACAAGAACGUAUUCGUGAUAUUUCUGUACAUUUUAUUAGUACAUCAUCGAAUUCAAUUGCGAAUUAUAAUGACGAUGUUCCUUAUGCAGUUAUUAGUCGAAAAUAUUCAAAUUCAGAACAAUAUAAUGAUUUUCCUGCUGAUGCUAUAGAACAAUAUAAAAAACAGCAACAUCAACAACAACGUGAUGAGAAUGAUAGAACAAAUCUUUCAUUAAAGUCAUCAAGUAAACAAAUGAUAACUCAUACUGUUCCUAUACUUGUACCAUCAAAUGUACUUAAACGUAUGGAUCAUCUUAAUACAAUUUUUGUUAAACCAACAAAAAUUGAACGAUUAUUACCAAAAUUAAUUUUUCAAGACGAUGAAAUAAAAGAAGAAUCACAAUCAAAUGAAACUACAAUGGUUAAUGAACCAGAUUAUGUACAAGAUGACGAUAGAGCAUCAUCACCAAUUUUUUAUGAACGACCGGGUAUCCCUGAACUCGAUGAUGAUAAUCAGGACUCUUCCAAUAGUACUAGACGAGUGAAAUUUAGUAAUGCACCAAUUCGAGUUUAUCCAACAUAUUCAGCAAAUGAAUAUGAUAGACGAAAUGAUGAUAUUGAUCCAUUUUCAGCAACAGCGGAAUAUGAAUUGGAAAAACGAAUAGAAAAAAUGGAUGUUUUUACUGUUGAAAUUGAAAAAGGUCCCGAAGGUCUUGGCAUAAGUGUAUUGGGCAUGGGUGUAGGUGCUGACAGUGGUUUAGAAAGAUUAGGUAUUUUUGUAAAAUCUCUUAAUCCUCAAGGUGUCGUUGCCAAAGAUGGAAGAAUUCAAGUGAGUGACCAAAUCAUCGAAGUAGAUGAUCAUUCACUUGUUGGUGUUACACAUGCAUAUGCUAAAAAUGUUCUCAAAUCAGCAUCUGGUUUAGUAAAAUUUUUAAUUGGUCGAGAAAAAGAUCUUGAACACUCAGAAAUUCCUGGUCUUAUACAACGUUCAUUACAAUUAGAUCAAGAACGUGAGGAAAUGUCACGAACAAUGCAAAAACAUCAUGAAGAAUAUUAUGGACAAAAUCUUAUUGAUGAUGAUGAUACAAUACAAGAUCAUGCACAAAUUGAAUCGAAAAUUUCAACUGAAUUGGAAAUUGAAAUACUUAAACAAUGUUAUGAAUCAUUAGAAGAAACAUUAGAAAAUACAGAAAAAGAAAAAGAACAUUAUCAACAACUUUAUCAACAAAUGCAAAAUGAUUUCAAACAAAUCAAAGAAAAAUAUUUUAAAGCAAAAAUCUUAAUUAAAGAACUUCAAGAUCGAGAAACUGAACUACGUCAACAACAAACGGAAUUAAAUGAACAACAAGAAAAUCGUAUUAAUGAACUGAUGAAAAAGGUUGAAGAACUUGAAAAUACCAUUGCUACUUUAAUUGCGAAAUCUGAAGAUAAUUCAACAACCAAAGUUAAUGAAAAUAUUGUGUUAGAAUCGUCUGAUAUACCAGAACGUAGAUCAGAUCGAACACAUACAAGUUCUAGUCAACCAGGGAUUUCCACAGAUCGACAUACUAUUGCAACAUCAUCUGUUCGAUUUCCAUCAAUAUCAUUAGAUAAAAUACCACCAUGUACACAAACUCAAGAAACUUCUCAAAUUGUUUCUAAUAAUAAUAAAUCAACUAAUCAACUUGAUAGUGAGGUUGAUCGAAAUUCAUUAAUAAAUAAAGCUCAUCAUGUUAAAGUAAAAUAUUGGACAUCUGAUCAAUGUGUUCAAUGGUUAACAGCUCAAGGAAUAACAUCAUUAAUUCCUAUAUUUAUCAAUCGUAGCAUCAAUGGUGAAAAACUAUUAUUACUUGAUGGUACAAAAAUGAAGGCAAUGGGUAUAAAAUCAAGUAAAGAUCGUGAUCAAUUGAAAGCAAAAAUAAAAGAACUUAAGCAUGCUGAAUAUCAUCGAUUACGCGAACGACUUAGCCAAUCAUUAUCAUUUUAUCGAUCAGCAAAUAGUGGAAGUCGAUUACGUUCAUCAAGUCUAACGAAAUUGAAAGAACGAAGCUUUUUUGGUAGCAGUAGUGAAAAAUAA